UUCUUGUUGCUCUCACUUGGCCACACCUCACAUUUGAGACAUUUCUUUGCCUAGAGUGAGACCAGAACCCCGACUCAAUGCUGCCGCUGCUGCUGCUGCUACUGUCCCUGCUGCGGGAGGGGUCCCUGCAGCAGGAAGCAGGCUACAAGCUGCAGGUGCAGAAGUCGGUGACAGUGCAGGAGGGUCUGUGUGUCCUCGUGCCCUGCUCCUUCUCCUACCCUGAGAUCAGGACUUAUUUGACAAGCCCUGCCGAGCCUUUUCUCUUCUGGUUCCGAGACGGGGACAAUGUCUACACUCAAGCUCCUGUGGCCACCAACAAGCCAGAUUGGCCAGUAAGGCCUGAGACGAAGGGCCGGUUCCACGUCCCCAGGGACCUCAGCACCAACAACUGUUCCCUGAGCAUCACAGAUGCCAGGAGGGAGGACACAGGGAGGUACUUCUUCCGAGUGGAGAAGGGAAGCAAGCUCAAAUACAGCUACUUGUGGAAGACACUGUCUGUGGAGGUGACAGCCCUCUCAGAGAAGCCACACAUCCAGCUCCCGGCAACCCUGCAGUCUGGCCACACCACACUGUUGCACUGCAGCCUGCCAGGACACUGCCCACUUGGGAGAACUCUCAGCUUCUCCUGGAAGGGCAGUGCCCUUGACUCUCAGACUCCCUGGAGGGCAUGGUCCUCCUUGUUGCUCCUCACACCGAGGCCCCAGGACCACGGCACCAACCUCACCUGUCGGGUGCAGUACCCGGGCAGUCAGGUGACCACGGAGAGAACCGUGCAGCUCAAUGUCUCCUAUCCUCCUCAGAACCUCAGCGUCAGCAUCUUCUUCCAAAACAGCACAGCCCCCAGCAUGCUGCUUACCAGCUCAUCCCUCACCGUCCCGGUUGGCUGGGCUCUGCGCCUGCGCUGCUCAGCACUCAGCAACCCUCCUGCCAACCUGAGCUGGGUGCGGGGACCCCCAGACCUGCAGCCCACCCCUGUCUCCUUCACCGACAUCCUGGAGCUGCCGCAGGUGCAGCCAGAGCACGGAGGGCAGGUCACCUGCAUAGCCCAGAACUCGCUGGGCUCCCAGCACCUUUCCAUGAACCUCUCUGUUCAGGCCCCUCUACAGCUGCUGGGUCCCUUCUGCUCCUGGGAGGCCCAGGGUCUGCACUGCAAAUGCUCCUCCCAGGCCCAGCUGGCCCCGUUCCUGCGCUGGCGGCUUGAGGAGCAGCUGCUGGAGGGGAACAGCAGCGGGAACAGCAGCGUUGCCUCCUUCAUGGUCACCUCCAGCUCUGCAGGGCGCUGGGCCAACAGCUCCCUGAGCCUCCGCGGGGAGCUCAGCUCUAGCCUCAGGCUCAGCUGUGAAGUUUGGAACGUCCACGAGGGCCAUAGCGUGCAGGUGUUGCUGCUGCCACCACCACCAGAAGGCUCCCUGCACUCCUGGCCCCUGGUGCUCACCCUGAUCAGAGGGUCCCUCAUGGCAGCCGGCUUCCUUCUCACCUAUGGCCUCACGUGGCUCUACUACACCAGGUGCGGAGGCCCCCAGCUUCACGCCUCGACACCGAGAUGAGCACGGGGCACCCAGAGCCACAGCUGCGGCCAUGUCACGCUAGCCUCUCCCUGGAGGCAGCUCUCUGCUUCUCUUUCCUGCCUGCCUCCUUCCCUGUCCUUAAUCCACCAAGCCUGGCACGUCCUGCCCCAUCCCAGCUUCACCUGCUGCCCUUCUCAUCCCUCCCCACCACCUGCUCCAACAUGUGACUGGGCUGCAUGCUUCAGGUCCCCCACACCUGAGAGCUUGCUUGUUGACCAUGGAAGGACAGGGGAGGCCAGAAAUGACCCAUCCCCGAGACCCGGAUGCACUGCGAAUUGCGAGCCUGGCUGCUCCCUCCACCUGGAGCUGCGACUGUGAAACACGACCAAGGGCAUCUCCACAUGGAAGACACAGGACCGCCCGGGAACAGAUGUUACUCUUGAAGGCCCCUGCGGAUCCUUGUAGACCUCAAGGACAUCUGGGCAUGUUUGCACGCAGGCUGUGGUGUCCGCAUGACCCCGUGGAUGUUCAGUAGAGAAUGUGUCCAUGGUGACCCGGCUUGGGGAGGGUGGCAGGCUGACAGAGCCACAGUGAUGGAUUCUCCCACACCCUGGGCCCUUGAAGGACGCACAGCCUGGUCCUCACAGCUGGUGCCUGGACCCCUCCCUAGCUGUGUCCACGUCCUUCCUGCCUCCAUGGCUCACACAGGAUACCCAUCACUGCCGGGCUCUCCUCUCUAGUUUCAGCUUUGCCCAGCAUUCCCUGACCAGGCCGGUAUCUCCCAGGUCCUUAGCCAUAGAUUUUCUCUUUUCCUGUGUGACCCUGUUGGCCUCGUUCAUGCAUUUUGUUCACAUUCUGACUCCUGCUUGCCUGACAAUGGCAGAGGACCCAGAGCUGCGAAGGCAUCACAGUGGGACAGAGUGAGGACUUGGUUUGCAUGGACUUCCGAGGACUUUAGCGAGGAGGGUAUGCUGAGGUUCCCUGCCUGUGAUGGAGCAGGCUCAGCUGCACCUGCGUUACCACCUCCUAGAAA